GGGAAUGGAGCAAGCGCUGAAAUAUCUUCCCAUUCGCUCUCAUGCACAGAAAAUGCAGACAGGAUUAACGCCGGUGCGGCGAAGAUCUCGGUGCGAAACUACGCUCAUGUGAGUGGGGAAAACGGAAGGGAACCCCCAAGUGUACAGUAGACAGUGGCAAAACAAACGAUAUUUUCCUGUUUUGGUGGCUUGCUGUCACGCAACGAGUGGACAACUUGGACGAAACACUGAAAAAAGAUUGUUAGAGAAUGAUCUGAGGUAUUUCUAAACAGAGAGAAGCGGCGGUGUUCGGCUUCAGUCGUCAACUCUUGUGUUAUUGUAUCUGAAUAAAUCGGAACAUUAUCGAUACAUCUGCUGAGACUUAUCAUUUCCCCAGAAGCAUAUAUGAUGGAUGACUGUGAAAUCAAAUUGGCACCCAGUCCUGGAAAUGGAGAGGAAAGAUAAUAUUGCUGCUACUUGGAUUUUCUCCCCGUCGUGAGGUUUUGUGCUUUCUUGACGUCUGGAUUCUUUGAGGCAGGGGUUUAAGGGUUGACGCACCUGCCGUGGGUAUCAUCGGAGGACACGUUAUUUUUCUAUCCAUGAAAGAGAACACUGGUCUCGCUUUUCAACGCCGGGAACUGGCGUCUGACAAAAAGUCUUCGCCGAAGGUGUCACAGGCUAGGGUGUGGCUGUACAAGGCCUCCAUGGAGUUUCCUCUGAGGGCGCUCCUACUGUGGGUCCUUCUGCUCGACCCCCGUGGCAUGGCACUAGUGGGAGGAGUCUUGUACAGGGUUCCUGAGGAGCAACCUCCCAGCACAUUAAUUGGAAGCCUGGCGUCGGACCAAGGCCUGCCAGACAGCGGGCACCUGUACAAGCUGGAGGUUGGCUCUCCCUACCUACGGGUCGAUGGCAAGACAGGGGACAUCUUCACCACCGAGAUCCCCAUCGACCGCGAGGACCUGAAGAACUGCCGGAACAAGGGCAAGGCUUGCUUCCUGGAGUUCGAAGUGUCCGUCACUGACCUGAUCCAGAACCAGAGCCCCCGGCUGAUCGAGGGUCGGAUCGAGGUGCUGGACAUUAACGACAACACACCCCAGUUCCCCUCACCCGUCCUCACCCUGUCCAUCCCGGAAAACACUCAGAGCGGGGCGCUCUUCCCUAUCCCGCUGGCCACUGACCGAGACACGGAGAAGAAUGGGGUGUCUGACUACAAGCUGUCCGCCGAGUCAGAGUCUUCGUCGCUCUUCAGCUUGCAGGUGGCCGAGGAUCGUGGCGAUAAGUUGCCCCAACUCAUCGUGUUGGGAAGCCUUGACCGCGAGCAGAAGGACUCGUACGACCUCAGCAUCAAAGUGCUGGACGGGGGAUCCCCUCAACGCCAGAGCAGUGCCUUGCUGAGGGUCGUUGUCACCGAUGCGAAUGACAAUGCACCCAGAUUUGAGAAAUCACUCUACGAGGCUAAAGUUGCCGAAAACAGUCCCAUUGGACACUCAGUGCUUCAGGUUAAAGCUAAUGACUCUGACCUUGGCCCUAAUGGGGAGAUUGAGUACACUCUUCACCAGGCUACUGACCCUGUCCCCAAACUCUUGAGGAUCGACCGUUCCACUGGUAUUAUCUCUGUGAAAGGGGCACUGGAUCGUGAAGAGAUCAACAGUUUAAAGUUUUAUGUGGUUGCACGGGAUAAAGGACCAACACCCAAGUCGUCCAAAACUUUUGUUGAGAUCGAAGUGACAGAUCAGAACGACAAUGCCCCUGCUGUGGAGAUCCGUGGAAUUGGCCUGGUCACUCACAGUGAAGGAGUCGCAAAUAUAUCCGAGGACAUGCCAGUGGGGACAGCAGUUGCCUUAGUCCAAGUCUCAGAUCAGGAUGAAGAGGAGAAUGCAGUAGUGACUUGUGUGGUUGCAGGGGAUGUCCCAUUCCAGCUGCGCUUAGCAAGUGACUCUGCCGCCGAGCACAAAAAAAAAUAUUUUCUGCAGACCACGACCCCGCUUGACUACGAGGACAUUCGAGAAUAUAGGGUCCAGAUUGUCGCUGUGGACUCAGGUAACCCUGCACUGUCCAGCACGAACUCGCUGAAGGUGCAAGUGACAGAUAUCAAUGACAACUCCCCCAUCUUUUCGCCCUCACUCUUCGAAGUUGACUUUAAAGAGGAAAACCAGCCUGGAGAGAAGAUUCUAGAUGUGGUCGCCAAAGAUGCUGACAGCGGCACCAACGCAGAGCUCACUUACAGAAUAGUUGCUGAGCCCUCUAUAAGCGGUCUCUUCGAAAUUGAUGCCAUCACAGGUACAGUGCGAGCGCGCAGUCCUCUGGACAGAGAGCACAGGGAGAAGUACGAGUUUCAGGUUGUCGCAGCCGACAAAGGCGUGCCCAGUCACAGCGGCACAGCCACGGUCGUGGUUAAGGUACUCGAUCGCAAUGACAAUGAGCCCAAGUUCAUGUUGAAUCGGUACACCUUCUCAGUACUGGAGAACAUGCCUCCUCUUAGUCCAGUGGGCAUGGUGACUGUUAUGGACAUGGACAAAGGUGAAAACGCUCAAGUGCACCUCUCAGUUGAGCCAGACGUUGGGAAGUUUAUCGUUCAAAAUGGCACAGGAACCAUAUUGUCCAGCAUUUCUUUUGAUCGAGAGAAAGAGAGCAGCUACACAUUUCGUCUAAAAGCUGUAGAUGGCGGCGAUCCUCCUAGGUCAUCCUACGUGGGCGUGGUGAUCAACGUCCUAGAUGAGAAUGACAACGCACCGAUCGUCAUCAAGCCCUCAAACUCGUCCUUCAGGCGCCUGUCCCCAUUAGCCGCCCCAGACAGUCGCGUGGAGGUCGUCGAGGCUGAGGAUAUGGACACUGGACCCAACGCAGAGCUCGUGUACAGCAUCACUGGGGGCAACCCUCACGAACUCUUCCGCAUAUCCCCAUCCGACGGUGAGAUUACGCUGGCCAAGGAACUGACCCGUAAACACAGCGGCCUGCACCGCCUCGUGGUCCGAGUGAGUGACCGGGGAAAACCGACUCGUCACACCACUGCCCUCGUGCACAUCUACGUCAACGAAACCAUUGCAAACGUCAGCCUGGUGGAGGCGCUUGUCGGACACAGCCUCUACACCCCGCUAGACAUGGACAUUGCCGGUGACCCUGACUUUGACCCCGCUCAUAGAAGUAAUAUCCUUUAUGGGAGUCUGGCUGGUGUGGCCGGAGUCAUCCUAGUGAUAGUGGUGGUGGUGUUCAUCCGUCACCGCAUUCAGAGGGAGACCAAGAGUGGCUACCAGCCCGGCAAAAAGGAGACCAAGGACCUCUACACUCCCAAGCAGGGACCCAAGAGCAGCAAAGGCAAGAAGGGGAGGAAAGGGAAGCCGCCAAAGUCCCCCAAGCCCCUCGGGGAAGAGGAAGAGGUCAGUCUCCAGAAAAGCCUCAAGUUCAACCUGGACGGUGUCAGCGAUAGCCCCAGGAUACACCUCCCUCUGACAUACCCCCCUGGCAGCCCCGACCUGGGUCGUCAUUACCGCUCCAACUCGCCACUUCCCUCCAUUCAGCUCCAGGCUCAAUCGCCAUCAGCCUCCCAGAAGCACCAAGCUGUGCAGGAGCUCCCAGCCACCAACACCUUUGUGGGAACGGGCGGAGAUGACAACUCCACUGGUUCGGAUCAGUACUCGGAUUACAGCUACAAGGCCAACCAAGCCAAGUACAGCGCCAAAACGCUUCCUCAUCGCCGAGUGACUUUCUCCACGACCAAUCCAGUGCAGGAUCUGCAGGACUCCUCUCAACAGAGUUACUAUGACAGUGGCCUGGAGGAGUCGGAGACGCCCAGCAGCAAGAGCUCGUCCGGGCCCCGCAUCGGACCCCUGGCCCUGCCCGAGGACCACUACGAGAGGACCACCCCCGACGGCAGCAUCGGAGAGAUGGAGCACCCGGAAAAUGACAUCCGCUCUCUGCCAGACGUGGCUAUGACGGGCAACUGCACCCAGGAGUGCAGCGAGCUCGGCCACUCGGACGCCUGCUGGAUGCCCGGACAGCCCUCGCCCAUCCGCAAGACACGCAACCCACCGAAGCUCUCCACCUUUGUGCCUUACCAGGAGAGGGGGAGUCUGGGGCGCCUGGCCAACGGCAGCGCCCGGCUGGGCAGUGGUGGGGGCGGGGUCAGCGGCGUGGAGGAGCCCAGGCCCCGCAUCCCGCCCUCCCGCAGUGCCUACUCCAGCGGCGUCGGCGUCGGCGGCCAUGCCCCCAGCCAGGACUGCCCCUUGGAGGAGGUGCCGCUGAGCGUGGCCAGCGAUUACCCGCCCACCAGCCCGCCUUCCAGCCACACCUCCAAGCGGGAAAUCUACCUGUGAGAACGCAGCAGCAGUAACAGCAACAACAACAACAACAGCUCCACCAGUUUCUCAGUUGUGAUUUUAAACGGAUACGGCCGCCAGGGGCGCCCCCUCCAAAUACACAGAGGGGAAACGAGCUCUCUUUAAGCCAACAACAACAAUAACAACAUCAUCAGCUAAUCAUCAAAAACACAAACUAUUGCUAUGGCUUUUCAGCUAAAGCAGUACGAGUUGGCUCUGAAUCACCGGACCAACGUGUCCUCAUGUACAUGAUUUCUUUUUUAUUUAUUUAUUCAUUUCUGGUCUUUAUUUAUGUAUGUAUUGAUUAAUGAAUUUAUUUAUUUAUUUAUUUAUUGGAGUAUUCUGUUUCUUUAUUGGGUUAAUAAUUAUGGUGAAUAAAACGUGUCAAAUCAAUAUUAUCAAAAAGUACACAAAAAGGACAAAAAAAAAAACGUUUUACCAACAUUUUAGCCUGUUCUGCUGUAGCUUCACUAGCCCAGUGGAAUGUUUUCUGGCAGUGGUGUGGUGAAUUCUGUAGUGCCAUAGCAAGAUGUUAGAGACGCUAUAAGGACAAUGUGCCGUGACGCAUCAAGGAAGAUAAAUGCUCUCUCUCUCUCUCUCUCUUUGUCGUUCAUCACAUCAGAUGAGGUGUUGUUUGUAGACCAGUGCUGUAAAUAUAUUUGUAAGUUGUACAUAGAGUAUAUUUACGUCAGGGUCAAACUGAGG